CGGAGAUCGAAAGCUCAACCUUGGGUACAAGUGCUUCAUUGGGUGAUAUGGCAAGAAACGACGAAGUGAACCAUGGAAAACCAAAGGGUCAGUGUUAUGAGAAAAGCAGGCAGUCGAUGCUGGGAAGCUACCCCUGUCUGGCUCAGAAGGGAGUGUAACAUCCCGCCGUAUGAUCCGGCUGAAGACGAGCCCACAAGCCCACAGUACCCACGUCAAACUUUGAAUUGGCCCAGGAAAUGGCAAUGCCCUGAACCAAGGCAACCGAUUUUUCUUCCGCUUAGUCGUCUUGUAUUUUGUAUCGGAAGAAGCUUGACCAACAGAAGGGACACAUGCCGUUCUGCGACGUUUGACCGGCACAUGGCGCCUUGCCAGAUGAUACCAUAUCAGAAUAAUGUUCCAAUUACUGGGGGAGGACAAGCACUAGCUGGUAGGGACUAAUAGUUUGGGGGUGUAUCAGCA